UAAAAUGGCGCCUCAUCCAACCACAAGGUAGUUUGUUGUUUAGGGUUUUUUUUUUAAUCAAUACCAAGUGGAUUUCAGAUUGUCUUUAAUCCUGGUUUCAAUUACUGCACCGGCAGGGCCGUUCCCACUUCCUUAUACAUUCAGAAGCAAUCAGGAGGCAGGGAGACAUGGAGGUUCCGUCUCGCCUCCAGCUUAUCUGCAGGCAGCUGGGUGAUGUGUUGUCAUUCCUGGAGAGAGGAUGGUGAAUUGUUUUCCUGCAAUUUGUUCCCCUCCAGUCUUCAAUCCUAUAACAUGAGACAAAGGCUCAGAGCCUGUGCAAGCAGGGAUAGGAAGCAGAGAUCACUGGGAGCUUGCCUGUCCCCCUUAUGCCCGCACCUUUUUUAGUGUUACAAUUUGGGUGUAGUACUCCCUGUUGUUCUAGGUACCCCACACACGUGACUAAAAGAUGGCCUCUUAGCAGUAGAGUUUGCAGGCUAAAGCCUUGUUUUCACCCCAAGAAGAGACGUGCUCUAGGCUCCACGGAGUCUUCCUCUUGACCUUGUGUGAGAACUACAAAUGGCUUUGUCUUCACCUGGAUUUUGCCUCGUUAGUUACUGGCCACACGUAAGAAAACACCCUUUUCCCCUGGCGAAAAUACACUGUAAGACAGGAGACAACAGGCAGAGACAUCAAAAAGAAACUUAGAAAUGAGAUGCAGCGGAGCUAUGCAGUAAGUUGACAGUCAUGCCUUCACACGCACACACGCACAGGCCCACCUGCAAAAACAACAAAGGCCGGCGCGUAGGCUAUCUGAAAAUGCUGCUGGCUUUUCUCCCCUUGGUAUUCCUUUCUCAGUGCCAGUCAGAGGCAACUGCUUUGUAUUUCAACAGCAGCUUCUAGCCAAAGAUCUCACUUCCCAUUAUGAACACUCUUUAAUUAAGUUUCUCUGUGAGGCAGGCAAGUAAAAUAUGAACAGCUGCAUUCUGAAGACACAGAAACGGAGGUUUGCUUUGAGAUCACACAAGAAGGCAGCAGCAGAUUUAGGAACAGAAAUCAGAGUCCCGAUUUCCAGGCCUCCCUUCCUGUAACCACUAGACCGCAUACCCUACCAGAGUCCAUAUGACAGUUGAGUUUAAGGCCAGAAGGGUCUACAGGUUGAGUCUCUCUUGUCCGGCACUUGUUGGUCCAGCAACAUCCAUGCUCUGGCAUGAUGUUAGCUGGAUGUCCACUUAUGGGCAAGGCCAAGUUUCCCGCGGUCCCAUAAAGUUUGUUUACAGCCUCCAGUCCUGGCUCUCCAUGUUCCAUGCUGUAAUUUAGCUCCAGCGUACUCUUAAAUGUCUUCUCAGAGCCCAGGAAGCAGUGGAAGGGCUGGUAAUGCUGCUAGACGACACUGACCUCCUGUGCUUUGGCAAAUUCUCCAGUUCGGCACCGGUCAGGUCCCGAGGGUGCUGGACUAGAGGUUCACUCCGUAGUUAUCUGUCAUCUAGUAUAUUAACAGGCCACUUACUUCUGUAUUAAACCCAGUAACUUGCGUUUGACUGAAACAAAUCUUCCAGGAAGGCCGCCCUCAAUCCCUGUACCUUAUUUCUAAGGCUCUGUCUAUACUGUCACUUUUAUCAGAAAAAUAUGUGUUGUGAAAAAACACCGCCGACCCCCAGUUUCACCAACAAAACCACUGGUGUGUGUUGGCAGGAGAACCCCUCCCUCUGACGUAGCCAUAGGCGCAGGAAGUAGGAGGGCGGGGUGCUGCAGCGACCCAGACUUUCCACCUGGUUUCUCCGUGCCAAGGGGCCAGCCCCGACACCAGCUCGGUCAGCCCCACGUUGCGGCGGCUGGGAGGUCCCUCUGGAGUCCCGCUGGCCCCAGUAGCUUUGACACUCCUGGGACCCCAUUUCCCACCGUCCCCGAGGUCCAGGUGAUUGGCCCUGGAAUCUGCACUGCCACUCUGGGGCCUGCCACCAGCCGGGGUCUCCACAGCCGCCUCCAGCUGUGGCUCAGCUGCCAUUUUCAGUGAUGCCGUCCACCAUCUGGUCUGGGAGAGGAGGCAAUUCCAGAUGCGACUCUAGCCUGGGGCGGUGAGAGGGGGGCGCAACUCAGCAUCCUCGCCCUAAAAAUAGUUCCAGCAGCGCUGGACAGAGCAACCCCGCUUGCUGGGGGUGGUUUAAUUAUGCCGGCCGGAGAGUUCUCUGCCGUCGGCACAGAGACCUUAGAGCAGUGCCCCCAAAGUGCUGCGGCUGUGCCGCUGUAAGGUCUGCCGUGCAGACUGAGCCGAAUGUGAAUACAACUUCCAUCUACAAAGUGUUCAGACUCCCAGCUCCCUGCUCGGGCUGCUUCCUCUCAAAACUGGGCUUAGAAAACAAGUCCCCAGUUGUUCCCUUAGGCCCUGUUAACCACCAGACAGCAGGGCCUAAGAAAUAUAAACAAGAAAGGUUAUUUUUGUGACGGGUGUAACGGUUUCUUCUGUUGGCUUCAGAGACAACUUUUUUUACCAGCUACACUCUGCACAACUCGACAGGCAUCCAUGGAAGGGUCGGCAGGAGAACCUGGCCCAGUGCCACAUGACACUGCAAACGGUUACUGGAUCUGUAAAGACUGCACUCCCGUGGUGAGAGAGAGAGAUGUGGAGGGAGACUUUCCCUUUGCCUUUCUACAAGGGACGCGACACAAGCUCGUUUGGACGCGCUGGCUCCCUUCGGGCUUAUGCGAUCUCCUCGCUGCAGCCCCCCAGGAAGGAACGGGAAGAGCAGCGCUGGACUAUGAAAAGAAAUCAGAGCGCGCAACGGAAGUCCAAAGAAGAGCUGCUGGAUUCAGUCUGAAUGGCCAGAGCCCAUUUAAUCCCACUCACGUCAAGGAAGGUGCCCAGGAGGAACCGAGGGCAGACUUUGACCUGUUUGCCUGCUACGAGGGCACUGGGUGCAAAUCAGCGCAGAUCCUUUGUUGGAGGAGAACUGAGGCUCAUGCCCAGUGCUGUAGAUCCAGACAGAUUCUGACUCCCUGCCUACAAGCAGGAUGCAGGGAACAUGCGUUCCAGUGGAGCCCGACCCCUGCUGCUUCUGCGCCACAAAUGCAAGUGUCCAAGGAGUCUUGGCACGCCCUAGAGUGCCAGAUGCUGCCAGGGAAUGGAACAGCGUGGAAUGCCAUCAGCUGGGAUGUUGAUGUGAGGAGCUUGGAACAAAGCAUUGCUGGAACUCCCAAAGAAGAAAUCCAAGAUCUGAACAGAGAAGGCCAACCAGAGAUGACACAUGGCAUCUGCUGUCCAUUUGCAUCAAUACUAGAGGAGGAUGGUAUGGAGGAAGCCAAAGAGACACCAUGAGUAACGCAGGCAAUAUGGAGCGAUAGAUCUGAGAGAUAGAUUCCAUCUGGCUCUUGUAGUGAAGUGGCAAACAAGGGAAGAGUAUUGAGGUGAAUUCUCCCAGCAUCAUUAACUUGCCUAUCAUUCUACAGGACCCUUUUACCUUUCUAUUCCAGACAGAUACCUGCCUUGGCUGCCACUGGAUGUUCCACAGGUCAUGGAGGGGUCAGACUUAGAAGCUGAUGGCAGAUGACUCAGUCUUUGUGCAAUUAUGUCAUUCAUUUGAAAGGAGUGAGAAAGAAUGUCAACAAAAUAGUCCUUGCCUGAACACUCUGAUCAAACACUCUGGCCAUCCGUGAAAACUCACACAGCAAUCCAAUAGCUCUUAUAAUCUACAUGUUCCCAUCACUGAGUAUGAGGGGACAUUAUGUAACAAGGUUAUUAAUUCACCAGCUCAUGUUAAGUGGGUGAGUUUUUAAGAAAGGAUUGUUUCUUCCUCAUAGAGAAGCACCAAUCUCAAGUCUUCCUGCCUUUAUUUUCUUUGAAAAAUGUUUUAUGUGUUAUAUAUACAUAUUGUUUUAUUUGCCUGAUAUUUUUGAAAGUUAUUUUAUUUGCCAGCUUUUUGUUUGUCAUUCUAUUGACAAUUUUAUGUUG